AUUAAAUAAGCCCUUCCCUUGUACUGCACUUUUUAAUUGAUCAAAAUUACAUAUCCUAACUAGAGAACAGAGGAAAAUUAAGAAUCAUGAAGUUGAAGGGACUUAAAUGGCAUGAAAGUUACUCUAAGGGACAUCCUGAUACCAUAUUUCUCGAAAUAACAGGUGGACUUAUUUUGGCAAGAGCUUUGCUAGGGCUAUCUAUCCUGAUUGCAGUUAUUGUGUACAAGGUUCGUAGGAGACACUUGUCUGCAGAUGAUACAAUUGAAGAGUUCCUUCAAAAGCAUAACAACUUCUUGCCUAUUAAGUACUCUUAUUCUGAAAUAAAGAAAAUGACUAGAGGUUUCAAGGAUAAAUUAGGGGAAGGAGGUUAUGGUUCGGUUUUCAAAGGAAAGCUUCGAAGUGGCAAUUUAGUGGCAGUAAAAUUAUUAGGCAAAUCAAAAGCUAAUGGCCAAGAUUUCAUCAAUGAAGUUGCUACCAUUGGAAGGGUUCAUCAUGUUAAUGUGGUGCGACUAAUCGGAUUUUGCGUGGAGGGAUCUCAACGAGCUCUUUUAUAUGAUUUCAUGCCAAAUGGAUCCUUGGAUAAACUCAUAUUUUCUGGUGAAAACAACACAUCUUUAACGUGUCAAAGAAUGUUUGAAAUUGCUCUUGGAGUGGCUAGAGGAAUUGAAUACUUACAUCGAGGAUGUGAAAUGCAAAUUCUACAUUUUGAUAUCAAGCCACAAAACAUCCUUUUGGAUGAGAACUUUAAUCCAAAAGUUUCAGAUUUUGGUCUUGCAAAAUUAUAUCCAACAGAUGGUAGUAUUGUAUCUCUUUCCUCAGCAAGAGGUACUCCAGGAUACAUGGCUCCAGAAUUAUUUUACAAGAAUAUUGGAGGCAUCUCAUACAAAGCUGAUGUAUAUAGCUUUGGAAUGUUGUUGAUGGAAAUGGUGGGAAGGAGAAGGAAUUUAAAUGCAUUUGCUGACCAUUUAAGUCAGAUAUAUUUCCCAAAAUGGAUUUAUGAACGUUUUGAUCAAGGAGAGGAUAUAGAGUUGGGAGAUGUUACUGAUUUUGAAAAGAAUGUUGUAAGGAAGAUGGCCAUGGUUGCCUUGUGGUGCAUACAAAUGAAACCUGCCAUUCGUCCUUCCAUGACCAAAGUCUUGGAGAUGCUUGAAAGUGAAGUUGAACUCCUUGAAAUACCUCCUAAGCCUGCUUUUGUUCCUUCCGAAUUAUCAUCUCUAGACCAUGGCAGUAUAAGUCCAGCAGCUGCGCCAACUAUGUUGCUUGAUGCUAGAUCCUAAUGGUCUGCUCCAAAUGCAUUUCUAGGUAAAUGCACAUUCAGAGGAAUUAGUAUUGAAUAUUGUGUCAUAAUCUUGUAUUGUUGAUUUGGUAGAUGACCCACUGAGUAUUCAUCAUGUAAAAUAUAUCAGAUUCCUUGGGCAUUUGGUUGAUUUGUAUUGUGCCAUAAUCUUGUAUAUUGUUGAAUUGGUAGAUGACCUACUCAGUUUUCUAUCUAUGAAUUACAAACUAUUGUUUGAAUCAAAGUAAUUGUUUCCA